CAUACUGCGCUACUCACUCAUUCAAUUUUGCUUUGAUACCAAAAUGGCCGAUGUCUCAACUAAUGACCGAAAAAUAAAGCUUAAUAAAAACGGCAAAGUUGUAAAGAGACGUACACGAAAUCCAGAAGAAUGGCACAAACAAAAGCAAAAACGUUUAAGAAUAGCUGGACUAGAAUAUAUAAACGCAAAUGGAAAAGUUGUGCCUCCGAAGCAACCUGGCCCCGAUUGCAACUGUCGGCGUCUGUGUUUUCAAAAAGUUCCAGAAGAUGUUCGAUUAAAAACUUUUCAAGGUUUCUACUCGAUGAAAACUCACGAUGAACAAAAUGCGUACUUGUUUGGUCUUAUGAGACAAGUUGAUGUAAAAAGGAAAAGAGUAAAAUCAAGCAGCAGGAGAACAUGCACAUUUGAAUAUUUUGUAAGGGUUAAAGGGCGAGAAACUCAAGUAUGUCAAACAGCUUUUAAAAAUAUUCAUGCAAUAACUGAAAGAAAAGUCCGUGUUCUGUGUAAGAAAAUGGAUGAUGGAGUGAUGUUUCCUAGUGAUAACCGAGGGAAAAAUAGUCAUAGGCGUUCAGGGGAAGUGCGUUUACCUACAGGUGUUGUUGAUCAAAUAAAAAAUCAUAUUUAUUCAAUAGUUCAUACUCAUCGUUUGAAAGACUUCAUUCGAUUGGAUAAAAUAGCAGGUUUGGAAAUCAAUAUCUCUAAAAUGUGGAAAGACUAUAUAAAGACAUAUGAUCCAGAUAACAUAUCAGCAACAAUGCCUAAAUCAAAACGUAAUGUGGAAAUAGCUAUAGUUAAUGAACCAGUCCAGUCACAGCCACCUCCAGAGCCUUCUUUUGGAACCCUGUCUUAUCCUGGUAGUGGUCAUUUAGUGAAUAUUGCUGAGAACUACUUUCAGAAUCAGUAUCAAACAGCAACACUAACCACUUCGACGCCAACAAACUUCUACCAGCCUCAAAACGGAACUCAGAGUAUGGGAAUACUACUGCAGUCAACUGCAACCCGGCCUGCACAGCCCCCUACAACAUAUAUUGUACUGCAAACUAAGCCUGAACCUCCACAGAACACAACCCUUGCAAUAGACAACACUCCAUACCAAAAUGCUCAAACUACAGAAAUUAUACAAAACAAUGAAAUUAAGAUGGAAAAGAAAAUUAAAAAAGAAAGAAAAAGAGGUCCUCUGGUAAAACAAUGGAGAUAUACUAACAUAUUUCAUGAAGAGAUAAAUGGUGCCGCUUUGGCUGCUAUAAAGACUAGACUUGGUAUGUACUAUGCUGAGAGUGAUGCUGCAAGAAAAAAAGCUAAGCAACCAAGACCGACAGAAGCUGUUCAAACUCAGACCCAAACUCAAACAGAGCAAAUAAGACCCACACACACUGUAACUAUAUAUACAUAAAGUAAUAUUUAUUUGGAUAUCAUUUUUCCACAAAUGACUGAUUGCAUAAUUUUGCUUGUCCCUAAGGCUAAUAGUUUUAAGUAAAUAGUACAAUCUUUUUUAUAAUCUGUUGUUAAUUAUCAGAUAGAUAAUGAACUAUUACGGUCUAUUAGUAAUUUGCCAACUUGUGUCUUCAGUCAUUUUGAUGUUCAUACUGCCAUAAGUUUGUUUUGUAAAAACCUAUGAAACUAUAAUGAAAUCAAUAGAAUUUUAUUUAUGCAACUUAGAAUGGCAGACAAGCUAAUGGCCCACCUGAUGGAAAGUGGUAACUGUCGUCUAUAGACGUAAUAUACUGUUUGAUCCAUUAUAUCUCCCCCCCCCCCCCCUUGUGUUGCCAUUCCUGAGGACACAGGUGUUAUUUCUUUGUACCUUGUAAAUUAACUGCCGUUCAAACAACCAUGCAAACACAACUGCUUCAUGGUAGAACUAUAAAGGGACAGAUAUAUCCAAGCAAAUGACUUUUGUACAUUCUCCCUCUAGUAAUAUUAGUUGAUAUUCUAUUUUCAGACAUUUAGUUGUGUACUAAUUAAACUCUACACACUACAUAUUAUACAGCGCCAUCUAGUUGCAAACUAAGUAGAC